AUGGCAGAUGCUGACGAAGAUCUCAUACCUUCUCUCGAUCCUUCUCGACACUCCCGCGCACGACCACAGACCGAAGAUGCCUCAGACUCAGAAUCAGACUCCGACGCAGCUCCUGACUACCGCUUCCUCGCAACCACUACCGUCACCAAGAAACAUGCCCUGCCGUCGCGAGGCACAAAGGAUUUCGAGCCCAACCCGACGAACAAGCAAGCUAGUUCUCUAGAUGUCUCGCGCAAAGCUAUGGUCGAUGCGCUCAGUGUCGUCAGGGUACACAUUCCGCGAAGAGGUGAAAAUAUAGGUGUUUAUUUUCCUGACCCACGAGACUGGGAUGGGCAGAGAUAUGAGGAGGUUGCGUUGAAGAAGAUUGAGGAUGAGGAGAAGAGGAGGAAGGCUAGAGAGUCGAGUGUGCUUCUGGCUGGGAGUGGGAGAUGUGUGGCUGUGGAGAGGUUGACGAGCACGUAUGCGAAGACUAUGGGACGCAGUGAUAGGAGGAAUUGGUUGUGGUUGUUGCCGGAGGAAGCGUUGUUCUUGCUGGAGAGAGGGACGCUGGAUUUACGUUAUGCUGUGGAAGGGGAAGAGGAAGACCUCGAGGCAAUGGCUGUCGAUGGUGAGAGGCCGAAUAUCGUUGAUGAAAAGACUACUUCACCUGGUCUGGAAAGUGGUGGGCAAGAGCUCAAAAUCGGCGACAUUCCUCUGAGCCUUCAGGGAGCAUACGCAGCUUUCAUUGGCAAGAGUGGUCUCACACUGGAGCGCUAUAAUGUCUUUGCAAACCUGAGGCGCGCGGGUUACAUUGUUCAAAGAGCGCCUACGUGGCAUGGGGCACUAGAAAAGGAAGCUAUUGCUUAUGAAGACCUGUCGUCUACAUCAGAAGAUACAAGAGCUAUACACGAACACUCUCAAUCACCAGCAUCAACCUCACUAGUAUACCGCCUACUAUCCUGGCUCUUCCAACCAACCACCAAACCCACAACCAUUCCCUGCCACAAUAUGAUGACUGGCCCUCUCAUCUCUCCGGGCCUGUUCCGCAGCUACGGCGACAUCUUCCGCCAGCUCUACCUCAUUCCCCAGCACAACACUACGAUCCCUCCCCCAAUCUCCGAACCAAUAAUCAGCUUCUCCAAUUCCAACACCCUAUCCCAACCUCCCUCCGACACCCGCCUCCUCCCAACCUACCACGUCUCCAAACCCUCCGCUCUAGCCGGCUACAAGAAAUCCUCUCCUCCCUCACCACACUACACCAUCGUCGUCCUUGACGCACGCACCUCCACCAUCCCUACAUCAACACAGAUCGGCGACCUGCUAGCUUCAAUGCCAGAUGAGACACUCGAGAACGCUGGUAGGAAGCGGCUGGAGACAAGGAUAAAACAUGGGAAGAGGAGUGUGUUGUUGGCAAUUGUGGAUAGUGGGUUGGUGAGUUAUAUGAGGUUUAGUGGUGGGGGGUUUGGGGUGGAGAAUUUGUUGUGGGAGGAGAACGAACGGAAGGGGAAGUUGAGGAGUGGUGGAAAGGGUGGUGGUGGUGGAAGAGGACGAGGGAGGGGGAGGGGGAGGGGAAGAGGAGGUAGUGGUGGUGCUGCAAGUGGAAGAGGUGGUUGA